UUUAGAUACAGAGUGAGAGCGAGAGAAGCAGGAGCAGAGGCGGCGGAUGAGGGAAGAGAAGAGGAGAGGCACUGACUUGAUGCAUACACAUGGGAGAAAAGAAAACGGCUAUUUCAUGCGCUCAGCAUGCAUGACUGAAGAGCGUUGCUGUCCGUCUGGAUUCUUAGUCAUUUGCUGAAGGACAUACCAAGAAGGGAAAACAGACAGGCUGGGGAUAUAUAGAGCUGUGUGCAGAGGAUGAACAUGCAAUGUGGGCUCUCUGGCUGUGAUCGCUGUCCUUCUCAGACCCCAUAGCCACUUGUGCACUGGUGCUGUCAUAGGCCGUUAGCCUUGCAGUCAGGCAGCAGCAGCAGCAGCAGUCAGGGUGAUUGAUACAGAAUGAGCUCCAAGCACUCCUCCGACUGGAUUCCCUACAGCACUUUAGACGAUGAGGGCACCAACCUGCGACAGCAGAAACUGGACAGACAGCGAGCGCUCCUUGAACAGAAGCAGAAGAAGAAGAGGCAAGAGCCCCUGAUGGUGCAGUCCAAUGUAGACGGGAGAUCUCGCACACGCCGCACCAAACAGAGCGAGGAACAGGCGCCACUGGUGGAGUCCUACCUCAGCAGCAACAGCAGCACCAUCUACCAUGUGCAAGAAGCUGAACAGGAGGAGGUGAAGGUCAUAGCGGAUACACAGCCGCCUCGUUCAGCCAAGAAGGGCAGAGCGUCAGCCAGCUCUACUCCACAGACGGGCAGCGACAAAAAGGAGAGGAAGGGGAAGCACAAAGCAAUCGAUGGCCUGGCGUCCUUGCAGGAUGACGGUCAGAUCCAGAUCCUGACAGUGGGCCACAGCACCACAGAGGAGGGCGAGGCAGAGCCUGUUAUGUGCUGCACUCAGUCACAGAGUAAACAGGAUCUGCGUGUCACCAUGCUUAAGAAAGGUAUAUCCAGCAGUAUGAAUUUUGAUGAAGAGGAAGAUGAUGAAGAUGAAAUCAGCUCCAGUUCCUCACAGCUGAACAGCAACACAAGGCCAGGCUCUGCUACAAGCAAGAAGUCAGGCAAGGAGGUAGCGUCAGCGCCCACUCCACCAGUCAACGAUCCUGCCAUUGAUGUGGAUGACCUUGAAGAGUUUUCUCUGCGACCUGCACCCCAGGGUGUCAGAGUGAAGUGCAGAAUCACCAGAGACAAGAAGGGCAUGGACAGAGGCAUGUAUCCCACCUACUACUUACACCUGGAGAGAGAAGACGGCAAGAAGGUAUUCCUGUUAGCUGGCAGGAAGAGGAAAAAGAGUAAGACAUCAAAUUACCUCAUCUCCAUCGAUCCCACUGAUCUGUCUCGAGGUGGAGAGAGCUUCAUCGGUAAACUGAGGUCUAACCUCAUGGGUACAAAGUUCACCGUAUAUGACAGCGGUCUUAACCCGAUGAAGAGCACCACAAGUCUCGAAGCUAGCAACUUGCGUCAAGAGCUAGCAGCGAUUUGCUAUGAAACCAAUGUCUUAGGAUUCAAAGGACCACGAAAGAUGAGUGUCAUCAUUCCCGGAAUGAACAUGGACCAUGAGAGAGUCUCUAUUCGCCCACGAAACGACCACGAGUCACUGCUGGCCAGGUGGCAGAACAAAAACACAGAAAGUGUGAUUGAACUUCACAACAAGACGCCCGUGUGGAACGACGAUACACAAUCCUACGUGCUCAACUUCCAUGGCAGAGUCACUCAGGCCUCCGUCAAGAAUUUCCAAAUCAUCCAUGACAAUGACCCUGACUACAUUGUGAUGCAAUUUGGCCGCGUGGCAGAAGAUGUCUUCACCAUGGACUAUAACUACCCGAUGUGUGCCCUGCAGGCCUUUGCCAUCGCCCUUUCCAGCUUUGACAGCAAGUUAGCCUGUGAAUAGAUCCCGGCCUGACGUUCAGUGGAGAAAUAGCUCCUUCUGUCGUCUCAUUAAGGGCUGUUAACGUUUCACUGCGGCCGGUUUGAAGUCUCCAAAAUCACCCAGUACCUUGGAAGUACUUCAUAUCCCAAAAUGCUUUAUGGGCCUGAACUUUUGUGUGUAUGUGUGCGUGUGUUGUGGGGGAGGGUGUGGGUGGCGAAAGGAGGUGCUUGGUGAGUGGAAGAAAACAAGCACAAAGAGUAAUCCACUUUCAAAAUCCAACUCAUUUGUUUUGAUAACUAUAGUCAUUUUGUACUGUAAUGAAAUGAUACAAACAACACUGUUCCUUUACGUAGUAGUUAGAGAAAUGUAACGUUUCUUUAUCUGUAAAUUAUAACUAACAAAUACACAUCUGUUAUUUUCUAAAAGCAGACUGGAUUUCAUGCGUCUGCAGCACACAUAAAAAACAACAACAACAAACAGGUCACACUCUUCAUCCAGCAUGACUACUGGUUAUAUACUUACCGAAUUAAAAAUAACAUGCAUGUCACAGUAUAUAUUUAUUUUCUUAUUUAUGUAUUUAUUACAUGUUCAUUUUGUUUUCUGUUACGUCUGCUGUAACGGCUCCACGCACCUGCAAGCACAUCAACAAACAUUGCAAGAAUAUCUCUCGUAUCCACACCAAAUCGACUGGCCAUUCGGACGUGAGGAGGGUAAUGGCAUGCUACACCGUGCCGUGUACCAUAUACAAUUUAGUGUCACAAUGUCAUGUAUGUGAAUGUAAAGGAUGAUGGUGCACUUUACUUUGAAGCCUGAUGUGGAUCAGAUAUAGCUGUACAUACUUAAUUGUGCCUUUGAAGACUAAUUCCAGUGUUUUGCAUAAAAAGACCUGAGCUUGAAUUGGUCUUAGUCUGUCCUCAUAUGCAUCGGAUAUAUUUCUCUGUAGCUACUUCUAAUACAAAAUUCUAAUAGUCGGAAUUGCAGAACCUCCAAAAGAUAAAAUACAAUUUAAGAUCAUUGGAUAAAAUUUCCACAACGUUUGCUCAACGGGCCUCUAAGAGAUCACAUUAAAGAGGGGAAUAAUCAUUAGCACUGUAAUGUAAAUCAGUACUGCAGCUGCAAUAUCCAUGGCACUGAGGCGUGAGCUCGUCCUCAUAUCAAAGACUAUCAUACCAGGAAAAGAAAUCAAAAUCACAAAUUGACUAACUGCCAACCAGCACACAUGAACAGUGUGAAUCUGCCACAGCUUCAACAACUGCAUAUUUCAACUCUCUUUACAUCUUUGAUUAAUUUUCUGCUCUACUCAGAUGGAGUUUAGUAAAUUCCUCAUCUGACCGGCUGUUUCUAUAUCACAGGGUUUAUUGCUGUUCAAAUUUUUACUGAAAGUAUUAUUCCACUUGCUCCUAAUGGGGCAGAAUCCUUUCUCAAAUAUAAUACAGUAUUUUGUAUUUAAUGACCUUGAAAAAAGCUGACUGAAGGCAAAGAACAAUCUCUGAUACCGCUACUGUUACUGUGGGCUAUGAGGAAAUCUUUAUGAAAUGUGCUAUUCUUAUACUCACUUAUGUUCUAACUAUUCUGAAUUUAUAAAACUGUUGAUACUCUUGCUGUAAAGUCUGCUUUUCAUACAAGCGUCCAGGAACCAAAGGUUCUUUCACUUUCUGUUUUAGUGCUCUCAUUGUUAUGUACAGUAAAUGGUGUACAGUUUACUGUGGUGGUAUGGACACAGUCCUUUGAUCAUGAAAAAUUCAAUAAAUCUUGAGAAAGUCAAA